UUUCACCCACUCUAUCGCGCCGUAAUUAUGAAUCUUUACAGGAAAUUAUUAACUCGAGCGCUUCAUUAUCUCCUAAUGAAGCAACACGUAUCGAGCCGAGCGCUGAUGGAGACGUCGUUCGGCUAAUUGCCGCUUUGCCUUGUGUGUCAGGCGCAGGAGCGCCAGUGUCUCGGCAUUUCGUGUUACGCCCGGUACCUAACGUCGUAUCGCGGGAUCGAAGAACGAAUGAUUUUCGAGCUACGUGUUUAUGUAUUACGAAAAAGAAAAAAAAAAGGAGAGGAAAGAUAUACGUCCGUAAUUGGAAGACGCCGUGAAAGGAUUAAAAUUUCAGCGCGAGGAACUGUUCCUGGCCGCACACCGAAGCCAGUCUGACUGCUCGAAUGCUCGGCUCUCUUGUCCCGCAGUGGCGUAGCUACAUUCGUGCGUACUAGCUCUCCGCCGUUCAACGAAAAUUUAUGUAUCCUCGGCUGUGUACGAUGCAUUACAGUUAUUCUCACGUAGCCAAGCAUCUCGCUGUGCAUCGCCGCGACGAUGAGAUCGGAUGCCGCUAAGACGUUUCGAAUGGAGCCAUUUGUAUGGGUGACAUCUUGGGCAUCUUUUUUUUUCUUUGGUCACAAAGCAGUUUCCAACUGUCGUUCGUGCCGUUUCUCAGCGUUCCACGCCGAGUGAGUGAAGUCUCGAGCGAAAUGGAGCGUACCGCUGUUUCGCUCAUUUUUCUCAUCGCGCUGGGCACCGGGCAAAUACUUCGAUUACCAUCCUCUUACAAGAACGGCGUCAAGUGGGAAUUCGGCACCAAUGUCUUUCGCGACGACACACUGGCCCGCUCUUCCGUUGCUCGCGGUCCAGUUGCACCGAUUGUUUACGAGAAGGAGCCGGUCGCGCCGAUAGCGAGAAAGGAGCCAGCUGUAGCGACGGUUUACAAGAAGCUACCCGCGGUGCCGGAUGUCUACACGAAGAAGUCCGUCGUCCCGACUGUUUAUCAGAAGGAACCCAUUGUACAGAGCGCUCGCAAGCGGCAAUCGGCAGUAGUGCCGGCCGUCUUCGAGACGCAGCCAGGAGCGUUGAAUAUUUACAAGAGCCAACCCGUCGUGCGGAACGUUUACAGCCAACGGCCUCCGGUGUCAACUGUUCACAAAACGUAUCCAGUCGUAUCGAACAUUUACAAGAGCCAGCCGAUCAGACCAACCGUACACCAUCAGGAUCACCGUUACUUCCUGGUUCCCAAAGUGCCGGUCGGCGCGCAGAAAAGGACGGAGCAUCACGUAUGGAAUCAGUACAAUCCUCAUCGCUCGUUUGGCAACGCGCAUGCUUCGCGCAACUAGCAGCCUACUUUCCUCAAGAAUAUGAUUACUCCAAAUAUCUUUGAAGAACUUGCGAGAUUUAUGAGAAGGAUAAAACUUGUAACAAUUCACGCACUAAAUAAAUA